AUGCGAUUACCCGAUAGAGCAACUGCGGAAGAAGCUCGUAUUGCAGCGGGCUAUUCAGACCCUCAAUGGGAGUGUUUUAUUGACAUUACUAAUGACGCCGCUCAUAAGCUACGUAAGAAAGAUCAUAAACUUUCUAGGUCCACCAGAUUGACCGACCAUACAAUAGAAACAGACAGCGCUACGUACGCCAAGGGCGCAGAUAGCGUGACGCCUGCGAAGGACGCUCACGACGCGGCUGUCGAGAGUACACUUAUUGUGAAGAUCUUUCUCUUCGCAUAG